AGCAGCACAACUCGUAACUACAAAGCAUGCGCACACAACAGGUCGGUUCCGGUUAUUUUUGGGUCCCCCUUCGUAAGUAAGCUUUACUGAAAAGAUACUGAAAGUUAUUGUGAUGCAGUACAUACGUGUAUAUAAUAUUCACUGAGAUUUAAAAACACAUGAUUAAUAAGGAUUAAUCCUUAUAGGACAUAAUAAAAAAUGGUUUAUUAAGAUCAUUGCUUAACUCAGAGAGGCAUCCUGCAUAUGACUUAUGUUAACAUUUUACAUUUAGUGAAAUGGAGAAGAUUCUUGCUACAAGAUUUAUAUCAAGAGUGCAUAAUUAUGCACUCUUGAUAUGAUCAUCAUAUAAUAUCAUAUAAUCAUCAGUGCCAUUGAGAUAUAUAGGAGCUGAUUGGGAAGUAUGUGUAUUUCAAAGUCGAGUACACUUUACUACCCUUGUUCUGUUUCAUACCAGAAAUACUAAUGAAGAUUCUUUUCACAUAAAUCCACAUCUGAAUGUUUUUUUUAAGCUGAACAUACAUAUAAUUCAUUAUAUAUUUGCUAUGACCUUGCAUAUAUAUGAAAAGCCUUUUUGAUGAAUGUUUCAUGUCUAAAUAUUUUUUCAGCUGGGUAUAUUUGUCUUGAAUUCAGGAGAGCAUCUGUUGCCUAGUCUGACAUGGCAUAAUUGUUGCCUAACCAUUACUGUCAGCAUACGCAUGACAAACAGCCAUAAUCACAUAAAAGUACAGACUCACAAGAAGACAUGCCAGUAUCAUCUGUGAUCAUUGUAAAUUGUUGUCUCAUAUGCUCUUAAGUUGGAUUUAAGGUGACAGCAUCCUUCCUGUUCAUCUUUAUUAUUGUCUUAGCAUCAAAUACUUGGACUGUUGAAGUCUCAGCUGUAUCAUGCGGAAAUACAGUCUUGUGUUUGUCCUACAGCUAUUGUUGCACUUUGUUACCAGUGGGUUAGUAAGGAGGUGCUCAAUAAAUGAAUUUGCUGAUACAGAUAAAGAGUUACAGGUGUCCAUAAUUGUUUCCCCUGUCCCAAAAGACAAUGUCGCUCGACGUCUCAUUCUGUCAUGGGAAAAUGCAUCUCCAUUGAGUGGAGAUUGGAUUGGUCUCUUUAACGAAGAACCUACAGAUCUAUCAAUACCACUUUUUGUGGUACAACCACAUAACCCAUCUGGUUGGGCAGAAACAACGUCUCACGAAACAGCAAGUUAUUCCCAGGAUUUGGGGUAUUCCAAGAAGUGUCUUGGCUUCUGGGCAGCAUAUAAGAGUGCAGGCAACAGUACACUAGCAAGUUCAUGUCUUCAUACUGAACCCACCUGGAUGUCUGACUUGAAGACAGAACUGUCUCCAUUACUGCUGAGACAGAUCUUCUUACCAGGAACGCAUGAUGCAGGAGCAUAUGACAGAUACAAUUCUUCUUCUGCAAACAAUCUAAUUGUCAAGUACACUAUAACACAGGAGGAGGAUAUACUGAGCCAGCUGGUCAAUGGUGUGCGGUAUCUAGAUAUUCGCGCAGCCUACUAUAAUGACAGAAAUGAUGUUUGGUGGGUGAAUCAUGGGGCAGUGCCCAUCCAUCCACUGCAAACUGUUUUUGAUGAUGUGCAAACAUUUUUACAGAACACAAAUGAGAUUGUGAUUCUUGAUUUCCAUGAAUUCCCUGUAGGAUUCAAUUCAGGCCUUGCUAUUCAUGAGAAGUUGCUUGAGUACUUGGAGCGAGAAUUUGGGGAUAUUGCAGCUCUGUCAUCAUUGACAUGGAAUGCACAGCUGGGGGAGAUCUGGUCAACAAAUAGACGGCUUCUUCUGACAUACAAUAACAAUCAGAUGGUAGAAAGAAGUGACAUUUUGUGGCCAGCAGUGGCUCAUCAGUGGGGAGAUGUACACACGCUAGAUGAUUUGUAUACAUAUCUAUCUGGCGUUGUGAACAAGCAUCCAAAUGACAGGGGAUGGUCAGCAAUGGCGGAGUUGACACCAACAAUACUGCAGAUAAUUACAGAUGAGUUAGGUGGACUGCGUCGUAUGGCUGGUAUGGUGAAUGAAAAUGUGACAGCUUGGUACCGUGGGACAUGGGGUCAGACGGUUAACAUUGUGUCUGCUGACUUCUUCCGAGGUACUGGACUGGUGGAAGCAGCCAUUGAUUGGAAUCACAUCCGUGCACAGCAACUAACAUGUAAUAUUCCACAACAGUGAAUAUUAAAUAUGAGCUCAUUGCAAAGCAUUAUUAAAUUGUAUGUCCAGCUGUUCAUUCUUCAGUAUUCCAUAAUAAAUAUAUUUAAAAACAUGAAUA